UAUGUAUCACCCGGUCUAUCACUAUCGAUUGCCUAAGAUAAGAGUAAUUUAGAAUACACACAAUAGGAUUUUAUGGAAGAGGUUUCCCUUUCUGAUGAUUUUGUUUAUUCUUUAGAAUUCUUAUUCUUUAUGUGCUUUUGUCACUGUCAUCUGUCUGCUGUCACUGUCAAUAUGAAUGUCAUCACUGGAUGUUUUUAUAAAUAUUUUGAUAAAAACUAAUAUUUCAAAAAACAUGAAGAAGUUAUCACUUAAAGUUAUGAUAAUGUUAGUCUUGAGUUCUUGUACAGUUCUUUUCUUGUAUUCUAGAGUAAGUAAUCACAAAAAAUAUUAUCCUGCUAUGAAGAGACCACCAUCCUCCAAAAUAACGAGCUACAACAAGAGUCAUGGUAUAGAAAAGGUAGUGUUAUCGUUUGUAGUGUGCGAUUCGAGAUUCAAUGAAUCCAUUAACGUUGUAAAGUCUGUGUUGUUGUUUACAAAAGUUCGUGUACACUUCGUAAUAUUUACUGACGAUACAUUACGCCCAAAAUUUAAUGAAACUCUGACAAUGUGGAAGAAAUUAACAAAGGACCAGCUGGAAUUUGAGCUUCACAAAGUUAGCUUUCCUCAAGAACAUGAGCAGGAUUGGAUGAACUUAUUUAGCAAAUGUGCGGCCCAGCGGUUGUUUAUUCCGAAACUGAUACCCCACAUAGAUGCCAUGAUAUAUGUGGAUACGGAUACUUUGUUUUUAGGUCCAGUAGAAGAGCUCUGGCAUUUCUUUACACAGUUCAAUACAACACAAAUAUCUGCAAUGUCCCUUGAAGAUGAGAACCCCAAUGUGUCCUGGUACCCAAGAUUUGCAAAACAUCCUUUCUAUGGGAAAUAUGGCCUGAAUUCUGGAGUAAUGCUCAUGAACUUGACAAGAAUGAGGGAAUUUGGCUGGGUGGACUAUGUCACACCAAUCAUGUUGAAGUGGAAACUUUACAUACCAUGGGGCGAUCAGGACAUAAUAAACAUAAUAUUCCACUACCACGAGCGCGCGGUGCACGUGCUGUCGUGCCGCUACAACUACCGCUCCGACCAGUGCAUGUACGGCGACGCCUGCGCAGACGCCACGGCGCAAGGCAUCUUCCUACUCCACGGCAGCCGGAAAGCCUUCCAUAAUAAUAAACAACCAGCCUUUCAGGCAAUCUAUCGUGCGAUUGAUGAGUAUGUAGUGGGAACGGACCCCUCGAAGUAUGUCCUUGCAAAUAUGGAUCUGUACUUCUCCCAGGCGCCCACAUCAAACUGCGGCAAUUUGAAGGAUGCCUUCCUAAAAGUACCCACUCGAACGUUUACCGAUUUAUAUCCAGCUCCUAACAGAUAGCACAAAGGCUUAGAAUAGGAGAAAAUGCUACAGAGAAGAUACACAUAUCGUACUUUUUAAUUAAGUAUGCAGUUAGUAGGUACGCUUUUCAAUUUAAAAACUUAAGCCGCGUUUCCACUAGGCAAGAUUUGGCGCAGGACACGUCAUGCUCAACGUGUACGCACAACAUCUCGCUACGCACGUUGCUAGCGGGUGUGCAACGUGAGAAACAAUAUAAGUGCCGUGCAACAUGUUGCGCGUCGAUGGUUGCCUAGUGGAAACGCGGCUUUAAAAGAAAUUACGCCAUUAAAAUUGACAUUUGUUUUUAGGUAAUAGAUGUCCUUAUACUCUUUAUUUGGAUUUUCCACGAUUCGCUCGCACACAAGUACUCGCGCACAUGUAUCUGUUUCCGUGCCAUAGUAAUAAAAACCAAUCUCGUUAACGCCCAGGCAUGGAAUGUAAUGUCUUAAACCUACUUUUAUAGUUUAUAAGUUUAGGCAAAUGUAUUUGCGAGUAUUAUUAACUUGUAAAACCAGCACCACAAUCUUUCCGCCUCUAAAGUGGCUAUUGUAAAAACUUGAUGUUCCAUGACAUGCCUGUAUAUUAUAUCAUGUCUAACUUUACACAGAAUAAUAUUAUUAUUUAGAUAUACAUCACAAAACUAU